UCGAUUUUUCGGGAUGCAGGGCGUGAGUAGAUAGAGGCUUGAGCAGGUUUACGCUCUGCGAGGGUGUAAAAGCCAGAAUGGCGAACCACGAGUCAGGCCCGCAGGGCCUCUCGCGGAGGCCAUCCCGCAGCGCAGCCACCACCACUUUCUCCACCGAGGUCUUCGACAAUGAGGUCGUCCCCUCGUCCCUCAGCAUCAUUGCUCCCAUUCUUCGGGUCGCCAAUGAGAUCAACCAUGAGCGCCCUCGCGUCGCCUAUCUCUGUCGGUUUUAUGCGUUCGAGAAAGCGCAUCGGUUGGACCCGAACUCGAGUGGACGUGGUGUAAGGCAGUUCAAGACUGCACUUCUACAGCGGCUAGAAAGGGAUAAUGCAUCCAGUCUUUCUGCACGGAUAAAGAAGACUGAUGCCGCAGAAAUUGAUAGCUUUUACUAUCAGUACUAUGAACAUUAUGUUAGAGCAUUGGAUCAGGGGGAGAAGGCUGACAGAGCUCAGCUUGGCAAAGCCUACCAGACGGCCGGAGUGCUUUUUGAAGUCCUAUGCGCGGUUAAUAAGACUGAAAAAGUCGAAGAAGUUGCACCCGAGAUUAUUGCAGCGGCUAGAGAUGUCCAAGAGAAGAAGGAAAUAUAUGCACCUUAUAACAUCCUUCCUCUGGAUUCGGCCGGGGCAUCACAAUCUGUUGUGCAGCUAGAAGAGGUCAAGGCAGCUGUUGCGGCUCUCAUUAACACUCGUGGCUUGAGCUGGCCAACAUCAUUCGAGCAGCAGAGGCAGAAGGCUGGAGAUCUAGACCUUCUAGAUUGGCUGAGGGCCAUGUUUGGUUUCCAGAGAGAUAAUGUCAGGAACCAAAGGGAACAUUUGAUUUUGUUGCUAGCUAAUACUCAUAUAAGGCUUCAUCCGAAGCCUGAGCCUCUUAAUAAGCUUGACGAGAGAGCAGUAGAUGCCGUAAUGACCAAGCUUUUUAAGAAUUACAAAACGUGGUGCCAGUUCCUGGGUAGAAAGCACAGUUUAAGGCUCCCACAGAAUCAGCCUGAAGUGCAGCAGAGAAAGAUACUAUAUAUGGGUCUGUAUCUUCUCAUAUGGGGGGAGGCAGCAAAUGUUCGUUUCAUGCCGGAGUGCUUAUGCUACAUUUUCCACAAUAUGGCAUAUGAGCUCCAUGGGCUGCUGGCUGGAAAUGUCAGUAUUGUUACAGGGGAAAAUAUUAAACCUUCUUAUGGGGGUGAUGAUGAGGCUUUUCUAAGAAAGGUCAUAACUCCGAUCUAUCGUGUAAUUGAAAAGGAAGCCAAGAAGAGUAAAAAUGGGAAAGCCCCUCACUCAGGCUGGUGCAAUUAUGAUGAUCUAAAUGAAUACUUCUGGUCAGCUGAUUGUUUCUCCUUGGGUUGGCCCAUGCGGGACGACGGAGAUUUUUUCAAAUCCACACGUGACUUAGUUCAGGGAAGGAAGGGCAAAAAAAGAAAAUCUGGAAGCACAGGCAAAUCAAAUUUUGUUGAAACUCGAACCUUCUGGCACAUUUUCCGAAGUUUUGACCGUUUGUGGACAUUUUAUAUACUGGCUUUGCAGGCUAUGAUCAUAAUUGCAUGGAGUGGAGUAUCCAUUAUGGAGAUUUUCCAAAAGAAAAUCCUCUAUCAAAUAUCCAGCAUCUUUAUCACAGCUGCGAUUCUCCGUUUUCUUCAAAGUAUACUGGACAUCGUUUUGAACUUCCCUGGUUAUCACAGAUGGAGGUUCAGUAAUGUCCUGAGGAACACUCUCAAAAUAGUGAUCAGUCUUGCAUGGACAAUCCUUCUUCCAAUCUGUUAUUUUCAGUCAGACUCUGCGGGCGCUGGUCAAAUAAAGAAACUGCUCUCAUUUCUUCCUCAAGUGAAAGGCAUCCCUCCGCUGUAUAUUAUGGCAGUGGGAGUUUACCUCAUUCCAAAUGUACUAGCAGCCUGUCUUUUUAUUUUCCCAAUGCUGCGACGUUUUAUUGAAAAUUCAGACUGGCAUAUCAUCAGAUUACUCUUGUGGUGGUCACAGCCUAGAAUUUACAUUGGCAGAGGGAUGCAUGAAAGUCAGUUUGCACUAAUAAAGUACACUCUCUUCUGGUUGAUUUUGUUGUGUUCCAAAUGUGCAUUCAGUUACUUCAUCCAGAUAAAGCCUCUUGUCAAGCCGACCAAGGAUAUAAUGCGCAUCACUCUUGUUAAAUAUGAAUGGCAUGAAAUUUUUCCAGAAGCUGAACGUAACUAUGGAGCAGUUUUUGCACUCUGGGCUCCUGUAAUCUUGGUAUAUUUCAUGGACUCUCAAAUUUGGUAUGCGAUAUAUUCAACUUUGUGUGGUGGCAUAAUUGGGGCCUUUGAUCGCCUUGGAGAGAUACGUACUCUGGGCAUGCUAAGGUCCCGUUUCCAGUCACUACCUGGUGCAUUUAACACCUAUUUGGUGCCCACUGACAAGUCCCAGAGAAGAGGAUUUUCUUUUGUGAAGCGUUUUGCUGAGGUUCCAGCAAGCAGGAGAAGUGAAGCUGCGAAAUUUGCUCAGCUUUGGAAUGAAAUAAUAUGUAGUUUUCGGGAAGAGGAUCUUAUUAGUGACAGGAAAGCCUCUGAACCAAAUUGCAGUUACAUCUAUUUCUGGUUAUUGACUUCAUCUUCUCAUCCUUUAAGUAACAUAAAUUUUAUCUUAUUCAGAGAGAUGGACCUGUUGUUGGUUCCUUAUUCCCUCGAUCCAAGCCUGAAUAUUAUACAGUGGCCCCCUUUUUUGCUUGCUAGCAAGAUUCCAAUAGCUCUGGAUAUUGCUGCUCAAUUCCGAUCCAAAGACGCUGAUCUCUGGAAGCGUAUAUGCGCAGAUGAAUAUAUGAAAUGUGCAGUUAUUGAAUGCUAUGAAUCAAUCAAGCAUGCCCUCAAUGUUCUGGUUAUUGGAGAAAAUGAGAAAAGGGUCGUUAGCGGCAUCUUCAAAGAAAUAGAAAGCCACAUUGCAAAGAAUACAUUCCUGCAAAAUUUCAAGAUGAAAGCUUUAUCCACUCUGUGCGAAAAACUUGUAGAGCUCGUGGGAAUUCUGAAAGAUGGUGAUCCAGACAAGCGAGGUAGAGUGGUACUACUGCUGCAGGACAUGUUGGAAGUUGUUUCCCGUGAUAUGUCAACGAUUGAGAUCCGUGAGUUGGUGGAAAGCCAUAGUAGCAAAGAUACUGGAAGACAACUUUUUGCUGGCACUGAUGCAAAACCUGCCAUACUAUAUCCUCCUGUAGUUACAGCACAAUGGGACGAACAGAUAAGGCGCCUCUAUCUGUUAUUGACAGUCAAGGAAUCUGCAAUGGACGUCCCUACAAACCUUGAAGCUCGUCGUAGAAUUUCAUUUUUCACAAAUUCAUUGUUCAUGGAUAUGCCUCGUCCUCCUCGAGUCCGUAAAAUGCUCUCAUUCAGUGUCAUGACUCCCUACUAUAGUGAGGAGACCGUGUAUUCCAAGAAUGACCUUGAAAUGGAGAACGAAGAUGGUAUCUCGAUCAUUUAUUACUUGCAGAAGAUAUUUCCAGAUGAGUGGGAAAACUUCAAGGAGCGGCUUAACUGUAAAAAGGAGAGCGAAAUCUGGGAAAAUGAAGAGAACAUUCUGCAGCUUCGUCACUGGGUCUCCCUAAGAGGACAAACUCUUUGCCGGACAGUUAGAGGAAUGAUGUACUACCGGCGAGCAUUGAAGCUUCAGGCUUUCCUUGACAUGGCUAAUGAGAGCGAGAUGCAGGAAGGCUACAAAGCAAUAGGAUUUAUGUCAGAGGGCGACAAGAAAAAGCAGAGAUCUUUGCACGCUCAACUCGAGGCCAUGGCUGACAUGAAAUUCACUUAUGUUGCUACCUGUCAGAACUACGGAAACCAGAAGCGAAAUGGAGACCGCCGAGCAACGGACAUUCUUAAUUUGAUGGUCAAUAAUCCUUCGCUCCGUGUGGCAUAUAUUGAUGAGGUUGAGGAAAGAGAUGGGGACAAGGUGCAAAAGGUUUAUUACUCCGUGCUCGUCAAAGCAGUUGACAACCUAGACCAGGAAAUCUACCGCAUAAAAUUGCCUGGCUCAGCUAAAAUUGGAGAAGGGAAACCUGAAAAUCAGAACCAUGCUAUAAUUUUCACUCGAGGGGAAGCUCUUCAAACUAUUGACAUGAACCAGGAUAAUUAUUUGGAAGAAGCUCUAAAAAUGCGUAACCUUCUGGAAGAAUUCAAUGAGGACCACGGUGUGCGGCCACCGUCAAUUUUGGGUGUUCGUGAGCAUGUCUUUACUGGAAGUGUCUCCUCAUUGGCUUGGUUUAUGUCUAACCAAGAAACAAGUUUUGUUACAAUUGGACAAAGAGUGCUCGCGAGGCCUCUGAAGGUACGGUUCCAUUAUGGUCACCCGGAUGUAUUUGAUAGAAUCUUCCAUAUUACUCGUGGAGGAAUUAGCAAGGCUUCUCGUGGUAUCAAUCUCAGUGAGGACAUUUUUGCAGGCUUCAAUUCUACAUUGAGACGUGGAAACAUUACUCAUCAUGAAUAUAUACAAGUUGGAAAGGGCAGGGACGUUGGGCUUAACCAAAUAUCCCUUUUUGAAGCAAAAGUGGCCUGUGGUAAUGGUGAACAGACUCUCAGCAGGGAUCUCUACCGCUUGGGUCAUCGCUUCGACUUUUUCCGCAUGUUGUCUUGUUACUUUACAACAGCGGGAUUUUAUGUCAGUGCAAUGUUGGUCGUCCUCGUCCUCUACGCUUAUUUGUACGGGAAGCUUUACCUCUCACUGAGUGGAUUGGAGAAGUCCAUCAUUAAAGUCGCAAGGGCUAGGGGGAAUGAUCCUCUGAAGGCUGCCAUGGCUUCUCAGUCUGUGGUUCAGCUCGGGCUUCUCAUGGCCUUACCAAUGGUCAUGGAGAUAGGGCUCGAGAGAGGAUUCAGGACAGCCCUAGGAGACCUCAUAAUCAUGCAGCUGCAGCUUGCAGCUGUGUUUUUCACCUUCUCGCUUGGAACCAAAGCCCACUACUUCGGGAGGACCAUCCUUCAUGGUGGAGCCAAGUACAGAGCAACUGGACGUGGUUUCGUGGUUCGGCAUGAGAAGUUUGCUGAGAACUAUAGGAUGUAUUCCAGGAGUCACUUUGUGAAGGGAGUAGAGCUCAUGGUUCUGCUGAUAGUUUACCAGAUUUAUGGCUCGGCAGCAACAGGAGCCGCCUAUAUGCUCCUCACGAUGUCCAUGUGGUUCUUGGUCGUAUCUUGGUUGUUUGCUCCUUUCCUCUUCAAUCCUUCGGGAUUUGAGUGGCAGAAGAUAGUGGAUGACUGGGAUGACUGGACAAAAUGGAUUAGUAGCCGAGGUGGUAUUGGUGUUCCCGCGACUAAGAGCUGGGAGUCAUGGUGGGAUGAAGAGCAAGAGCACCUGCAGUACACUGGGUGGUUAGGACGGUUCUGGGAGGUCAUUCUUGCUCUCCGGUUCUUCGUUUACCAGUAUGGUAUCGUCUAUCAUCUCCACGUCUCCCAAGGGAGCAAGAGCAUCAUCAUUUAUGGCCUCUCGUGGCUUGUGAUUGUUGCUGUGAUGAUCAUCCUGAAGAUAGUGUCCAUGGGAAGAAAGAAGUUCAGCGCCGAUUUCCAGCUGAUGUUCAGGCUUCUCAAACUCUUUCUCUUUAUCGGGUCCAUAGUCACUCUCGGUGUCCUCUUCACAUUCCUUAGCCUCACUGUGGGGGACAUCUUCGCCAGUUUACUCGCCUUCAUGCCGACUGGAUGGGCAUUGCUUCAGAUAGCACAAGCGUGGAGGCCAUUGGUGAAGGGUCUGGGGAUGUGGGGAUCGGUGAAAGCACUCGGGAGAGGGUACGAUUACUUGAUGGGGCUCGUGAUCUUCACUCCGGUGGCGGUCCUCGCUUGGUUCCCCUUCGUGUCUGAGUUCCAGACGAGGCUGCUCUUCAACCAAGCCUUCAGCAGAGGUCUCCAAAUCCAACGUAUUCUCGCGGGUGGCAAGAAGCAGAAGUAAUCAAUUGCAGUAAGCUUAGCCCCCUAUAUAUAUUCCUCAUAGACUCCGACUCGGGCCAAAUAAUUAAGAGGCAUAAUGUACAUGUUCACCGGGGCAUAUAUCAUCAACCGACAAUAUCACUUGCCCGGUGCUAGCACAUGCAUAUAUUGAAAAGCCUCGAAAUAUGGCUGCAGAUACAUGUGUCACGCAACUCGUGUUUUGUACUAAGAAAAAUAAAUAGAAAUCAAAGAUAUAUUUCAUUGA